GGGUGCGGUCGGCAGAGGCUGCUGCGGGGAGGGUGGGGCCGGGUUGGGCCGGGCCGCGGGCAGUGUGAGCGUCCCGCCCGUCCAUCGCCCUUUUGCCCUGGGAGGAGAGGGUUGGGCAGCUCCCCUCGCGGGGUUUUGGGGUCUCUGGAGUGAAGUGCCGUCUUUCAGUCAGAGCUGCUCUUUCAGUUUCCUUUUUAAUCAAAAAAGAACUGGCAGAGAGUGUGUGUUUUCCUGGGGCACCACUAAAAACGUCCGGCUUAGGCUUAGUCAGGUACACCAGUAAAAACCCUUUAUCCUGAAUGGUUAUUUGAGUAGAAUAUCAAAUGCUUUUCUGAGUCAACCUAGUAAUCCAAGACUUACAAUAAAAAAACAAUGAGCACAGAUCAAGGGUAUUGAGAGGGCUGUUCAGGUGGCGAUUUCUCCUUUAACUCCUUAACAAGCUUGUGUAUGCAUUUUGUGGGUUUUCAAAACUAACCAUGUGUAAGUUACAUGUGCAGAUAACAGACACAUCUCCUCUAAAACCACAGCCAGUCAUUGCAGGAAGCCAUGGAGCGUGGCUGUUCUUGCAUAUGCAGCUUCUGUCCUGCACCAGAAGGGUCAGCUUCUUGCUUUGCAGACUGCUUUACAGUCUUGCAUGUCCAGCACUUGAAUUGACCUGUCAGAGUUGGGCUGGGGAUGUUUGCAAAAUCAGACAGUAGUUUUUGCAUAGAAAUUUGAUGACGGGCUAGAUCAAUAUGUGCAAAGGAAAAUGCAAGUUUGAGAAACUAAAGCAUGCCAGAAAGUUAUUACUUGACUAGCCUGCUUUUUGCAGUCCUUGCUCAGUUUCUUCCUGUUAAUUGUUCCAUGCUCUUUACAGCUUGACUUUACAUUUUGUAACUGUGUCUGACUUUCGCUGUAGUUAGGACUUGCUUUCUCAAUGUAUUCGUUUCUUCCAAAUGCCUUGUUUACGAGAUGCCAGUUGACUGGGACCCAAAGACCUAGAAGAUCUUGGCAGGCUUUGCAGAAAAAAGCGUGCUAUGAUAACAGGCUGGAGCUGGCUAGAGACAAUGGAACAAUUCCUUGCUCCAGGUGAUUUGAGAGAGGACAGCCUCAGAGAUCCUGAACCUUCUUUUAAUCACACUUUCAGCAGAGUACUGAUGGAGUGUUGGCUGCUCACUCUCUCUCUGGCUGUAGCGUGUUGCAUGUGGUGUAAUCAGCUUUGGUAGGAAAGCACUUGUUGGGUGCUGUGGUGGUGUUCUUGCAAAAUUCAGUAUCUCUAACAGUAAACAGCUAUUGCUGGUCUUUCACCAGCGUUCAGUGUGCUAAACGGAGCCCUGGGGAGUUAAAAGUUCAAGCUUCAGCCAAAUACCAGUUAAGUCUCUAGGAAUUCAGCUCCUACUUAGAAGAAAACUUGGUGGUUGUUUGUUUUAUGUAGAAGAGUCUGAAGCGCUCAGAUGUUUAAAGUGUUUAUGGCAGUCCUAAAACAGAGUAGCCAGAUGUCAGGGGAGAAACCUAUAUGGCCAAUAAAAAUUCAAAUUUGAUGGGAUGUGAGUUUAAACCCUUCAUAAAAUAUAUUAACCUCCCAUUGUGACAGCAAGCGAGUUUGCACUUUUUAGUGAAUUUAAUGAAACAUGGGAGUGUAGAGUCUAAUCCUUUAAAAAAAAACAGUGUUAAAAAAUGACUUCAAAGCAGAUCUAACUGACAAAUGGAUUACAGAUACUCAUCUGUCCUGACAGGCUCUUCACAUUUAGAACACAUAAAAGUGAGAUAGCAUAAAUAAAAAGAAGGAUUUGGCAUCCAUAUAUGUGUGUUGGGAAUAUAAAUGUAGGACGGGUACAAAGCACCAAUAAUGUAAUUUUAAUAGGAAUCAUAUAUUGUAGAGAGAUAGGUGUUUCACUUAUUUUUCUGCCACCUUCUCAUUGAGGAUUACAGCUUAUUUUUUAUGUGUGCUGGAAUAACUCAUCAAGGCUGAUGGGAAGGCCUUAGAAUGCAGAAUUUAAUGAAAUCAUGUGCUUAUAAAUGCAGCAGAUGAAAUAGAAGGCAGAGUACAUUUUAAAUAUCUCAGUAUUAGGAGGAAAAAUUAAAAUAUGUGCAACUUGAUAGAGCUAAGUAUAUUCAUCUGAAGACCAAUGUACAUGAAAUAAGACCUCCAAAUUUCCUUUUUUAUUUUAGGUUAAAAGGGAGACAUAAGUAGAGUGGCCUGCUCUUCAUUACUGAAAGCAAGAGGCUAGUUGUGGGACUGUGCUCAUGAAUUUAUGAGUGUGUUGACACUUUUGUCAGUCUAAGUGUUGGGGUGUGUAUGUGCUGGUUUUAUUACCUUGCCAUAGAAGCCCUUUUCUGUCUCAGAACAGAAAACACUGUGCACUGAACAGAGUUGCCCUGGGUCCUUGAUCUAACCCAUGAGACACCAUUUGGAGUGUUCUGCAUUAUUUAUUACUACUAAAGUAUUUUCAAUUAAACUGACAUCUUAAAUGCUAACGUUGCCUGGCAGGUAGUGAAGUUCUUGUUUCUUUUCCAAGGAAGCUGACACGAAAGAAGCGAACCAUGAUAGGUCACAGGAAUUUGUACUGCUUGUCUCCACAAUUACUAACAAGUAAGCCCUGUAUGGUAUCAUAGGAUGGAGGCAGACUUGGUUUCUGUUCAUGACAGUUGUCACACAGGUGAGGAGCACUCAGGUAAUUCCAGACAAGCCUCAGAAGAGGGGGGCUGCAAAGCCAGCCUGCAGCUGGAGGUGGAGGAAGAUUAUUCACCACCUUCUAGUCCUGGGUGCAUCCUGCUAGACCUUCAGUCCAACAAGAAAUCCAUACAGGACUGCGGUGCAAAGAAGAGGAGACCUUUGAAACUUACUACUAGAAGCGCAAUUCAACCAACCCACUAACUUUGACCUGCAGUGUGAAGAUGAAUGUUUAGAAUGCUUUUUCUCUGAACACUCUGGGGAUCCUCAAAAAAGGAUAAGUGAGGAUGAUGAAAGCAUCAUUCUUAUUGAUGCUUUUGAGGAGGAGGAGGAUGAGGAUGAGGAGGACCUGGAGAUGCUUUGGUCAUUUCCUCCAUGAUCCCUAUGAGGAAGACCAUCAUUUGCUGGCAUUACACCAUUCCUUGGCAGCUGCAAGAGGAAGUGCUGCCAUUAUAUCAGGUUGAAGUCAAAAGAGAUGUGCAGUUGUUGGAUAUGAUCAGGACUACCUGGACUCAUCUGGGCAUCUAUGCUUGCAAGACCGACGCGUUAAAUUAGAGCUCUUGUGCACAUGGUCUCUAAGUUACAGAGUUGCUAUCUAGAUCAUCAGCACCCUCUGGGGCUGGUUUUGCAAAAGUAUCACUGUUAGGCUGCACAGCCCACUUGGCCAAAACGACUCAUCCAUUUCCUCUGUCCAUACAUCCUCUCAUGUUUUAAUGUAUUAGUUGUAAUAAACCAUGAUUUGCAUUUUUAAAAAAUGGCCAUUCAUCAUCUGCACCCCACACAAGCAUGCUUGGCUGUGGAGAUAUUGGUGCCGUAUGUGCUUAUAUAUUACUAGCGUUUUCCUUAUGAGAACUGGUGAACGAGGGAAGGGUUGCGUGCUUACCUUCCAUGAGGGAGGUGGAAGGGGUACGUGAUUCCGUGCGUCUUGGGUCUAGGUGAAAGAAAGCCUUUACCCUGCCCAGCUACUGCAUUGCAGUAAGAAAUGGCUAAGAAUUUUAAAUUCAGAAAAAUGAUAAUAAAAAUAAUGAAAAUCUUGUGAGGUUUUUUUCUUAGUUUGUGAGAAUUGGAAUGACGGUUCUUUCUCUGCAAGGUUCACCGUACUAAGGAGCAUGUGAGUUUCUCAUGGGUUCAAGGACUGUCAUUAAAGGAAUGUUGCUAACAUUUUUUAACUGCCUGAUCUGAGGAAACUGAACUGACACUUACUCUGCUCUCAAAAGUAGCUCGUUUUUCUGUGUGAAAGGACCUACACCGUGAUUGAAAUAUUCCCCCUCCCGCCCCGUGGAAACCGGACGGGCCUUUGUCAGGGAGUUUUCUUAAGCCAAGCAGUGCCAGCCUCUGUUGAAAAGUUUUUGCUUCAACAAAGGAAAUAGCAGAUGAGUGCCAGGGCUCGGGAGCCGGCGGUGUGCUGCUGGAGGUGCUCAGCCCCUUGCAGGAGGGAGGACUGUAAAGAGAGCUGAGAAUGAGAUGGACUUACCAUGAAGGACCUGAAGCUCUUGGUAUACACAUCAUCAAUGAGCUGCAGAUGAACACAGCGUACGCCUCAGAGGAUGGAUGUGAACAUGGACUGAGACUCUGAGAAUAACAUUUGUGACACAGGUGAGAAGCAUUCAAAUUAUUCCAGAAACACCACUAAGCAGGUGGGCCACACAUCUAGCCUCCAGAAGGAGGUAGGCAUGAAUUACUCACAGACGUGCAGUCCUUGUUGCAACUCUGCUGGACCUUCAGCAGGAGGUAAGCAGGAGCUUCCUGCAGAGUUGCAGUGUGAAGACAAAGAAACCUAUGAGACCUACUACCAGAAACAAGGUGAGAGUACAGCUGGGGUAUUUGUCCCCUCCAGUACCAGCUUUGACCUGCAGUGUGAAGAUAAAGAUUUAGAGCACUGUUCUUCUGAGCGGUCCAAGAAACCAUGGAGAGGGCUACAUGACAAUAACGAAAACACCGUUCUUGCUGAUGUGUUUGAUGAGGACCUGGAGCCUGUCUCUGAGGAAGCUUUGCCGUAUCGGUGCAAGAAGUGUGGUUCCUCUUUCCAUGGUAUGAGCGAGCUGCAGGAACAUAAGCGAACUCACCUUGUGGAAAACUCAUACCGAUGUCCCAUCUGUGCCAAAGAGUUCUUCCGUGCGGCAAAUUUGCGAAUGCACAAGCUCAUUCAUUCUAGUGACAGGCCACACAAAUGUCCGGAGUGUGACAAGGGUUUCAUUCGCACGGCUGAUGUCUGGAGGCACCUACGCAACGUACACAAGAUAGAGCGCUCCAUGGUGAUCCUGGGAAACGGCAUGGCUAGGAACCCAUGGUCAGUAGUGCACCGUAACCAACACACUGUUGAGUACACUGAUCAGCCUUGUGCAGAAAACCAAAAGUCUGAGGAAGACGACUAUAAACCUUAUGCCUGUCCAACUUGCGGCAAAGGUUUCGAUAAGCCUAACCUGCUUUCCAAACACAAAGUGAUCCACCGACAAGACAAGCCCUAUAAGUGUCAGGAAUGCGGCAUGGCGUUCGUCCAGCUGCUCAGGCUGAAAAGACACCAGCAGACUCACUCUGGGGAGCGCCCUUUCUAUUGCGAGGAGUGCGGAGGGACGUUCACCCGGCUGGCAUCGCUCCAGCGCCAUCACCGCAUCCAUACUGGAGAGAAGCCCUACUCUUGCAAUUACUGUGGUCAUUCCUUCACCGAGUCAGAUACCUCUGCCGGGAUGACUGGACCCUGCGUACCAUAUGCAUUCGCUACAGCUGAAACACCCUUGAGGAAGAGUUUUAAGUGACUUUUCUGUCUUGUUUUGUAAAGAUUUUGCUGGCUGACUGUGUACAGACCAAUAAAACAUGACCACCACCCCUGGCAGUGGAAAUGAUGGAGUCAGCCUAGCAUGUACCCUCCUUAUUCUUCCAGACUGGUCCCCAAACCCUUCCUGGAAGAGCUUGCAUGCAGGAGGUUGGACAGGCUGAAGAAGAGCAAUACGGACCCUGGAGCAGCACACACCCACUAUGGUCCUGGGCUUCAUCCCUCACCUGCUUACCUUGUGGGGGAAGGGGAUACUCGUCCUAAAACCAGGCAGAGCUCUCCGUUCUCUCUUCCAGAAGAAUCACCAGGAAACAAAAUGCAGAUGUUAUUAAAUUACAGAGGCCCUGAUACUCUGCCAGGUUUCAGAUCCGGUGGCUGUUUGUCUUGACAGCUAAGGAGCUCACAUGUUACAAUGCCAGCAGAGCUCUGUGCUGAAGAUGCAGCCAAGAAAAAGUCUUGUAAGAUGCCAUAUACUAGGAAAGCACAAAGUCAUACAACCUGGGCGAGAAAAUGGUAAUUUAAGAGCAAAAAGAUGUCACAAAAUCUACAGCACACAGCUAAGUGCAUUUUUUUUUUAUUUUUCUUUGUGAAGCCCUCCCUUUUUCCUUGCAGUACCUGGACUGAUCUGAGAUCUGCCUGGUGUAUUGCCUGGUUACCAGUGUUAGGUUAUGGGAUAAACACCACAUUGCAUGCCCAUGAAGGAGUGAUCAUGAUGGGGAGCCCAAAUAAUACCCUGUCCCAACUGCUCCCAGGCCCAUUGCAGGAGCUGUCAGAGGCACAAAGGCAGACUGGAACCCAAAUUACAGCCCAAGAGGAGGGGACACCCUGGGGCUGUCUCAGGAGACUCCCAGCCCCAUGGGCCAUCAGGAUGAGGCAGCUGGAGCAGCUCUCCCAAGCAUUUUUGAUACUGAUGUCCCUGCUUUUUGGGGAUGUCGACGGCCAACUGCUGGGGGUCUGUGCCACAGCUGCACCGGGGCUGUGGCACGUGCAGGUGCCAGCAACUGGGAAGACUGGGAUCCAGGGGCAGCUACAGGGGUAGACUCUGUGUUUGGGGCCACGUGGGUGGAAAGUGUAGGAAAUAAUACUGCAGCAUUUAGCAAUGGCACAGCAAAUCUCGGUGCCAGACCUGGUAGGAGGGGAAAGUGAUUUUGCUCUUGGACAGGCCUGAUUUCACUCAUUCUCACUGUCCCACAGGGCCAUGUGCACACCAGCACCGUAGGUAUAUUGCCAGGUGGCCUGUCCAGCAGUCGGUGUGUGUCCCGAUGGUCCGUCCAGGACACAGCGGGGACAAGGGACACCGGCUCUCAGCUUCCCUCAAGUCUCUCAGGCCUUAGUUAGCUUGGUGAUCCUGUGCUGGUUUUGACUGCGUUUCUGCACCCUUUAGGACCUGGCAGCAAUGUGAGCUCAGACACCUCAGUUAAUCUCAGCAUCCUGGAGUGUGAAUGUUACCGAUCUCUUGCGGUAACUCACUGCAGCCCUAAAGUGGAGGUGGAAGAUGCACUCGUUAGAUUUGUGCUCACUGUUGAUAACAGGAGACAUACCCAUCACCACAGAGAAAAGCAUUUUCUCUUGUUUGGAGAUGGAGAAACACCUUAAAAUUAGAUUUUUUUUUCUUUAUGACUGUUUUAGUACUGACAUUCCCGCUCAGUUUGAGCUCCUUUCUUGUUUCCAACUUCUGCUGUGGCAGCUGACCUACAAAGCAAGGCCCUUUGGUCCAGGGGCUGGGUCCCACAUUUUGGAUAACUUUUUGAGUGUGUUGCUCUGCACUUGAUUGUCUCAGAUCCUACCAGUGAAUUUCAAAGCAGAGCCAUCAGCCUUCUGGACCUGCUGGGCUUGGCUGGUCCUCAAGCCUCCUGUAUUUUGGCAGGUCCCACUUCAGUGGAUCCAACUGCUGUUCCAACAUAAAGUGGGAAUUGAUAAUGAGGAUCGCAUCCAUUCACACUAGAACUCUCCUCAGCCCUCAUUGCUUUCCAGGUAAAGUGACCUCCAGCAAUGCCAUCUUCUGUGGCCUUGUCCCUACUGAAGAUCAGAGCAACCAUCAGCCUUAGUCUGUGCCGAUGACCCGUAAAUCCAGGCCUGCUUGUGAAAACCUCCUGUCUCAGAUGAAGAAUCCAAGGCAGAAGAGCUGGAGGUGCGUGUUCCCAUUCAGCGGAGCCUUGACUUUUGACAUUAGCCCCUAGCUGAGACACUUGCCUCAGCUGGAGGAGCACCAAGGAGACCAAGGGACAGUGCGAAGGCGCAGAGGUCUCCUCUGUCCAAGAGGAUGGAAAGUUUCUGUAGCAAGAGCAGUAAUUCACUGAGGUCCUGGUACGGGCGAUGCCUCCGUUUCACACCUGAUCCAUGCAGUUCCUGGUAAGGCUCUUCUGCUCCCCGGGAUGGUUUGGACCACCAGCCUGUCCUCCCCGUGCAGGGCAGAAGUUACAGCUGAAACAGCGGUGAACCUCAAGAGGAGAGCAGGCUUGUGCAGCUUCAGGCAGUACCUGUGGUUCAAGCAAGCCAAAGGCUUCGCUCAGAUGGUUUUCAUUCCUGUUCUGCUGAGAGGUCAUGCCCAGGAGAGAUGGGGAAAUGAGUCCUCAUAACCCAUGCAGGGCAUGUGUUUGGGGAUGCCCUUACACCUGGGGACUGCUUGACAACCAAAGAUGACAGGAUCAAGACGCCCUUACAGAAAGCAGGGACAGCUUGCCCUGGUGCUUCAGGCUGUGCUUGGUGGAGAGGAUGCACACCCAUGCCACCGGUGCCGAACCUCUUGUGACUGCCCCUGUGAUGCUCUGGGUGCAAAGCAGAGAGAAGUGAGGUCUGAUCUUAUGAAGCUCAGAUUUGGACCAAAGCAUCUCCUUUUUCCAGCAGGAGAAGAGGUGCCCUGGGCUGCAUCUUCCAGGCUGGCCUCCAAGCUGCUGUCACCUACCCCAUCUCUCUGAGGGCCACCAGGAAGGUGCCUCCCUGUGCUGGGUGGCCAAGGUGGAUCUGUAGCGGUCCUGUGUGUUUAUGAUGAAGGCAUGAGUAAGCAAAGUCCUUGGAGGGUGAGAUACCCCCUCGGAGGGGGAUGUGGUGGGCCCUGGUCGGUCUCCCCGGGGUGGAAGUUGUCCUCUGUGUGCUUGCCUGUGAUGUGCUGGGAUCUGAACAAGUGGGCACAUUGUUUCAUGAGUGGUGUUCCCCACCAGCGCUGUAACUGCAGGUGCUACUCUAAUAAACGAGUCUCUGCUCCUCCCAAUGUCAAAGCCCUUUAAUUAAUGCAAAGGUCAUGUACUAAGCACUGGGAAACUGGAACCAGGGUGGGUUCCUCUCUCAUUCACAUGGGGUGAGUCCUGCUUGCUUCCAUGGUGCCAGCGCCGUGGGCCUAUUUAUAUUCCCUCUGCUCAGGACAGGGUGGUGGACUUUCUGGUUUGCACGCUAAUGAGCAAGCAAAAUUAAAACGUAAAAAAAGCUGAAUGAGGCCAGCCCCACAACUUGUCACUUGAAGGCCAACACAAGGGUCCUACCAGCCUGUGUUACCCCUUGACAGGGCACCAGGGCCCUGAGGCCAUGUAGUUGCUCUUCAAAACGUUACUCAAAAAUAUCUUUUUUUUUUUUUUUUUUUUUUUUUUUUUUUUUUAGGAUUGUUAAGGUAACUUUUGGGGGGCAAAAGCCCCCCUCAGUUCCAUGCAUCAAGCCUUGACUCCUGCAUACUUCCUUCAGCAUGGCACAGACUUCGUCCGGAGGUACCCCAGACCCCUGCCCAGGAGGAUGGAGCAGGCAUCUGGCACGCAUCUGCCCUUCUCAUUGACUCCACUGAGUUCUAUCAGGACACAGAAUAUCUGGCCUGAAAAGCACGCACCUUGCAUGGAUAACCAGCACCGCCAUUGCUUCCUGGCUUUGCACACCUGCAGCACACAGCCAGAGGAGGAGCACUGGAAGAUUCAAAGCCCCAAGCUUUAACCCUUACAGCCCUUCUGAAUUACACCCAUGGACACAACCCCCGCAAGGUAACAGAAGAGCAGCCAGGGCCCUGCCAGCGACGACAGGUUGGAAAGUGGAGCUGGGAGGAUGGCUGGUGUCAGACGGCUGAAGGACAGAUACAGUCUUCUAGUAGACUUGAUUGUAGGCAGGGUAGACGUUCAUCCAGCAAACUCACUGCUCUGUUCACCCAUAGGUGCAGAGCCAGGGAGAGGGCAGGUGCUGGGUGCCCCUGGGCUGGUUAUGGUAUUCACUGGGCAAACUGGUCAUCCCAGACACCUGCUCACUCAGACUUGGGCUUGAGUGAGAAGUAGGAUGCAGGCACAAUAUAUAGGAUAUCCUAUAUGAUAUCAUGGUAUAAAAUACAGACAUGGUCUACAGCUCGCUGUAGAAAACAUCAGCCAAACUAACAGCUCAGGAGCUGGAUUUCGUAUCGGAUGUUGCAAGAGCUGCAGUGGGAGGAAAUGGGCUGGUUUUGUCACAGUCCAAAGAAAGAGAGGGGGUUCAUUCCCUCCCCAACUCAAGUUCACAGUAGGGAUACGGAUGGGCUUAGCAGCAGGACGAGUGUCUGUCCCUACAGAGCAGCCCUAUGUCCGUGAGGCAACCAGGGUAGGGGCUGGCUGGGCUCGAGCUCAGCCUUUUAUGCUGGGAGGAUGGGAAAGAGCUGGCAGGGAGUGAGCAAGGGGAGGACAUCCAGCUUUGCAUCAGGGUUAUGGGAGGGAAAACAUGUUCAGGAGGGUGUUAGCUGUGGCAUGGCCCUACGGUUACAGUAAUUCCCCCUGCUGCCGGUGAUUUGAGCUGAACCUACUGUGGGGCAGCGACCUUGUGGCAGGGCACGCCACGCCGGUCCGGAGCAUCAAGGGCAACCUUCCCAUCGGUUUUCAAGUCUCAGAGGAGAUUUCCCUGGCGGAGAGACUCAGUUUUCUUUGGAGCAAAGAUAACCUUCCCCUCCUCCCCCACUGCUGAAUACUCUGGCAUUGCACCAAAUAGCAAAGUCAACAUGAAAUACACCCUCAUUUCCUGGGCCUCCUCUUCCCAGCCGUCCUCCAGCAAAGAGGAGUGAUAUAGCAUCUGCUUUUCUAGCCGCAGCCCUCUUCCAGGGCCGGGUCUUUGUGGCUCUUCGGGGGUGGUGCCAAGAGCUUUGAAAUCCAUUCAAGGCAUAAAGCAAGGCAGCAGCAAGGAGCGAGCAGCAGAAGCAGCAUUGCCUGUGUUGAGCCCUGCCCGCUGCCGGUAGUGCCCCGAAGGGCCUCUGGUUUGCUCAGGCUUUUAAGGGGCAUCGCUGAGGCCACCACCGUCCUGUGUCAUUGCACAACCUUCCCGUUCAGUGCACGUGGGGAAAGGAGCCACUCACAUCUCUUUCCUUCCAACGUGGGCACAAAGAAAGGUCGGAAUAAGGAUGCCGGCUCUGCCCCAUUAGUCUGGAAACUGCUGUCCACAGCCAUGACAUCGAGUCUAAUUUGUGGGCUAAACAGGAACAGGAGAAGCUGAUUGGCAGUGGGGGAUCCCGUCAGUGUCUGCCAGACCAUUUGCCUCCAGGAACUGGAAGCAAGAUGGGAUCAAAGGUGCAUAUGGUAUCCAGUAUGCCUUCAUUGCACCAGCUUCUCACCUCCAUCCCAGUUCUCUUGCAAAGCAACUCAGAAGCCGGACGAGUGCUUUCCAUCUCCAUCCUCUUGCCUUGCUGCAGUGACUGACCUUCCCGGGACAUUGCUCCCCGCUCCUCGUUGGCUAAUGGCGUGAUGGACCUGCCAGGAUGACCCUGGGACCAGUUCCCAUCCAUUUGCUGUGGACUGUGGAGGUCACAGGGGGAUGGACCCACCUUCCACACGAGAGUGUCUGGUUUGGGGGACACGGGGAAAGCAGGGAUGAAGGAUUUAGAGACUGCAGGACAUGCCUAGUCAGAUGAAAAUUAUUUAGCAGUAGGCUGGUAUUUUUUUCAGCUUCAGUAUCUCAUGCUGCCCAUUCCUUUGCACUUCAUUAAACUGCUCUUCCAGCCACCCUCAUGAACUCAGAACCACUGCAGUAUGAGCUAUAAAUUACUGCUGUCAGCCCCGUGAUUCCCAUGCCCUCCUGCUUGCCAUAUAUUGCCCUGGACACUCGGACAGGAGCCAACCUGGGCAGGGCAGGAGGAUCAGAGAGGGAAAUAUAAUUAACAGGAGGGUGAACUUUGGGAAUGACAUGUUGGACAGGACUCAGGUGGGGCCUCUGGUAGCGGGGGAGAAUAUAUCCCAGAGGUCGAAUACCAUGUUUGGGUGUCAAAGGGGGAAGAGGUGAGAAGGUUGGUUGUGUGGAUGUGCAUGCAAAUGUAUUUAUUGGCUCUUUGGUGCUGCCUUACAUUCCAAAUUCAUGGUACAGCCUCUCUUCCAGCAGCGUUUCCAGGAUCCGGCGCUUGUUUCCAGGACUGCAAAGAUGACUGGCAAAUGGCAUGCAGACAGUUUCUCCCCAGCCCUUGCACCGUUCUGCCUGGGGUGAGGUUUUCCUCUAGUCUGCCCACCCCUCCCUGCGGCUCCCAUCCCUGCUGCUUAUUUUCCGCAUUCUGCAGAGCCAGCCAGGCAAUGUGCUCUAAUAUUUUCUUCCAAAUGAAGUUUCCUACAGUAGUAAAAAAGAGGAAGAUGUGGUUUGUGCUGCAGCUGAGAAAUGUCCAUGCCCUAUGGCUCUACCCCACAUGCUCCUCUUCCCUGGAAGUGUGCGGUUAACUAUGCAGGUAGGUCUGGCAAAGCCCCUGAGUCCCCCUGGGCCCCAUUCAUUCCCAGUUGUGCCCAGACCCCUUGCCAAUGGGCAAUGCCUGGGGGAGGCUGGGGAGCACCCUGCAACAUGGGGCCCUGCUGACAACCUCCAGGUCGGUCUUCUCCAGUCACUGGAGAAGCAGGUGACACUUACCCUCCCCCUGAUUCCUCACCGACAUCAGCUCCAAAUGAAUGGUCCUGUGAUUCCCACCACAAUGCAUGCAUGAGAGCCCAGCUCUGGUCCAAGUCUCCUUCGGUGAUCUUCACUCUCAGACCCACCAAAGGAAGACUCAAAGCUCCCAAAUAGUCAAUGCAAUUCAGAGCAUGGGCUUUCAAGCACUGGUGCUUGGGCUCACCUGCCUGUGCUUGCACACGAAGACAGCCUGGAUGCUUGGUCUCUCUAGGACAGACACCUUGUAGCUGCUGUGCACUGCUAUUCCUCAUCAUCUCUGAUACAAAAAUCACAGCAAGGCGAUAGUGGCCAUUGCCGGUUCCUGUCUGGUGAUGCUGCCUAGGGUGGGCAAUAAGGGACAGAAAGCUGAGUUAUAAAGAAAGGAGGGAGCCAUGGGCAGAACAGGCAUCUCCUACACCCUAAAUCAGGUUGCUCCAUGUCAGUGUUAUGGGGCUGUGAGGUCUCAGGCUCUGUCAUUCCUUCUCAGAUGAAGGGUGAUGUCUCCUCACAGGCUGUUGAAGCCUUAGCACCAACUAAUCCAGCAGAAAGGGGCAUGCAGGGAUAUUAGGAAGGAACGAAGUGACAGAGGGACAAUUCUGGCUGGAAAAGAAUUUCUGCUGGAGGUUUUUCUGCUGUUUCACUCUGGCUGUGGCUAUGAGCCUCCUGUUUCUUGCAGAAAAAGAGGGAGGCUUUGAAACAUCUGUUUGCAACCCCUUUGUUCCCCUUCUGGUGUCAUCUGAUCACUGACUGAUGUAGGAAUCCAUGCUUAGGCAGGUUAUAUAAAGGGAAGAAACAGCUUCCCAGUGUAAAACCCACGAGAUGGGUGGGUCGUGCCAGGGAGGCACCAGCUGAGCAUUUUGUGCAGCUCCCAGGCAGGUAAUGAGCCUGUGGCUGGUAACAAGGCAGGGCACAGUGGCUUCAGAGAGAGAUCAGUCUCCAACAACCACCAGACACAGACCAUGCUCCUAACAGGUAUGGAGCAACAUCUGCACUGCAACAUGAGAGCUGACUCCAUGCCCAAAGGAUGCAUACCGAAUUCCUCAUGAACCUCUCUAGGAACUGGACCAUUGCACAGCCAUAUGCCAUCUUCACCGCUGCAGAACUCCUCAUCCUCAGUGUGCUUUCACAUCAAUGAAGAGCUGGCUGGCGUUUCUCCUCGGCCACUGUGCCCACAGCCAGCACCAGGCAGAGACUCCUCCUGGGGUCCCUACAACUCAGUCGGUUAAUCUGCUGGAUUAUAGUUGUUAUAUUUAAUCGGAUUAGAUGACUGUUACUGCAGUUACCGUUACUGUUUUGCACCAGUCAUAUUUAUAGGGUGCACUAGUCAUAUUUAUAGGGCUGCAGAAUCAAGUUACAACUUUAAGGGCUGCAGCCCUGGACACUGUAGGUCAAAGUAACCCCUGCUGAGCAUCACACAUUGGUAUCAGCACUUCCAGGGGGCCUUGGUGGCUCCUCGCUGCAGGGCAAUGUUUGGCACCACAAGUAGAAACCCCACCUCCCUGCACCUCAAAUUGUGUUUUAUAGCAUUGUAGUGUACUGAAAUCUUCUGAUUUGGGGGAAUGGGGCCAGGGAGAAGAUCUUAAACCCUUCUGCCUGAAGAGGGGGCAGUUCACACGGCCAUCAGUCCCCACAAGCCUAGGAACUGCAAACAAAUCUUUAAACCGCCUUAUAACAUCUUGGUCGUCUUUGGGGCUGGAGCCCUGUGGGAUCGGUGACCAGAGGAUGCUGUUUGUCACAGCCCGGGCUGCUGUCCCUGCUAGAUCCCUGCACCACCCGGCUUUCCGCUCACCCAGCAAGGCGGGCGCUCUGCACUUUUUGUGGUGCUGGGGUGCUUCGGUGUCGCCCCAGAUCAUGUAUCCCGAGGAAAGCCACCUUCAAGAGCUGAGACAAGCCACA